AUGGCGGACUCGGAAUUUGGAAACGAGUCAGAAUAUGGCCAAUCUUCUACCAGGGCAGUCAUAAUGGAUGCGGUCCUCACACCGUUCCGCGCGCUGGUAUCCAAGUCCGCCUUACGGCUAUACCUGAACACGCUGCUGUUCAUGGGUGCUGCAGCCCUCUUAACGGGUAUCUCUGCAAUUGCCUAUAUGGCCUUUUAUUUCAAAUUCAUCCCCACGGUCGGACUACAGCGCGAAGUCCAUCUACAAUUCGGCAAUGGCAACCCCUGGGGCACAGCAAACUUCGACUCGGAAUUCGUGGCUUUCCAGCCCUACGAUGUAUCCGUGACCCUCGAGCUUCCACGUACACCCUCAAAUCUCGACACAGGCAACUUCAUGCUCGACCUCACCCUCUUUUCCUCCCGCCCUGCCUCGUCCCUCCUACCCGGUCCAAAUAACGCCCCCAUCUCGCAGGCCCGUCGUCCUGCUAUUAUGACCUAUGCGUCGCCGCUGGUGGAUGUUGCCCGGAGAGCGGCACGAAUACCGCUCUAUGUUGUUGGCUGGCAUCGAGAGUCGGAGACGUUGGAGGUGCCGAUGAUGGAGCAGCUUGAGUUUUCGAAGGGGACACAGAAUUUACCACAGAGUCUGCGGCUGGAGAUUCAAAGUGACUCGAAGAUGCAGGUUUAUACCGCUCAGGUGGAAUUCCGCGCUAGGCUUACGGGGCUUAGAUGGCUUAUGUGGCGCUGGAAGAUUACUUCUUUUGUUGUUUUUAGCACUCUGUUUUGGUCUGUCUCUAUGUUCUCUGCUGGCCUGACGUGGCUGGCGAUGACUUGGGUUUGGCAGACUAUGCCUAAGAAUGAGAUCAAGGAGGAUUCGUCAGAGUCUAUCAAAGAGGAGUCGGAGGACGGGGAUACUUCCGAUGAAUCUGCCGAGGUCAAAGAGGAGCCGGAGCAGGAAAAGAGGUUGCUUUCUAACUAUCCGGUUGAGGGUGAAGCCGCGCGAAUGGCAUGUGGAUCUGGGCCGAUUGCGACAAAGCAAAGCGGGGGAGAACUUUCAUCCCCUCCAUUCUUCACAUCUCAACCAACUCUACCAACAAUGCAUAUCCUGGUCACCAACGACGACGGUCCUCCGUCAAAUCAGUCAUCGCCUUAUGUGCAUUCGCUCGUCCAAUCGCUCCAGUCCGCCGGCCACACAGUCUCGGUCAUUCUCCCGCACCAGCAGCGAUCAUGGAUCGGUAAAGCGCACAUUGUAGGUGCAUCCGUCAAACCUACCUAUUUCCGACCGGGCACGCUCCACCAAGAAGACGGGACAAUACACCAUCUCCCCCGAGGCAGUGAUGGUCAACCCGACGAGGCUGAAGGCGACGAAUGGGUUUUGAUCGACUCGACUCCCGCAAGCUGUGUCCAGAUCGGUCUAUAUCACUACUUCAAAGAACGUGGCCCUGUUGAUGUCAUUGUAUCCGGUCCGAACUAUGGUCGCAACACAACCGCACUGUUUGCAUUGUCGAGUGGAACUAUUGGCGCAGCGUUGGAAGGUGCCUGCUGUGGCACACGCUCAAUUGCUCUGUCGUAUGCUUUCAGCUCUCGGAACCAUGACCCUGUUAUUAUCGCAGAGGCCUCGGGACAUUCGGUCAAGUUGAUUGAGCAUCUUUGCGCAAACUGGGCAGACGGCGUGCACCUCUACAGCGUCAAUGUUCCCCUCGAACCCGGCGUCAGUGAGAACAAGGUCUUAUACACCGAUAUGCUGCAGAAUCAGUGGACAUCUGGGAGUUGCUUCCAGGCUGUCGACCCCACAUCUGCGGGAGACCCUGAUUUGCAAGAACAGCUGCUGCGCGACCAAGGCGAGGUGACAGGAAAUAAACCGGAUCAAACUGUCGGUGCCAGCGAGAAGUCAUCCCGUGGACCCCAGAUUCAACACAAGCAUUUCAAGUGGGCGCCGAGCUUCCAGGAUGUUUUCCGAAGCGUGGAGGAAAGUGAGCCUGGUAAUGAUGGCUGGACAGUUAAGGAGCAAAUGACUAGCGUCACACCUCUCAGAGCCAAUUUCAUGCCCGCGCCCGGUAUUUCGGGGGAGAUUAAGCUAUCGGCUAAUCAACCCUCGUUGUAUUCCCUCGUCGACUGCGAUGACUCCUACGUGCAAGAAAUGGUUGACCGGGCAUUGACCCGUCGCCUGGGAAAUGCCUCCAAGCGAGUGUCUUCUGUUUCUGAACUACCAGACUCUUCCGCGCCUCUUUUCCAGUACCGCGAAUAUGAGCGCCUCGACUUCGAACACAUCAUGUCCAGGCCCUCGUCAUCUCUUUCGAGCGCAUACAUUAUCCGGAAAGCUUUGAUUCGCAAGCACUAUCUCUCAAAUACAGUGGCCAAUUGGAUCUCAAAGCACCCAGAUAGCAUCCUACGACACCACUUCAAGCCCGCCUUCGACUUCGAACUCGACUAUGCCGAAUUCCUCGACGACGCCUUGCUAGAAGCAUACGAGCUGAACGACAGUCUAGCCAAGAACGAAGAGCGGCCCGACUCCGAAAAGGAAUGGUGGAUCCUCAAGCCUGGCAUGAGCGAUCGAGGCCAGGGAAUCCGCAUCUUCAACAGCGAAGACCAGCUACGCGAGAUCUUCGAGGAGUGGGAAGAAGACUCAGACGACGAGAGCGGAUCUGAGACAAACACCGACGACGCCGAAGGUCACGUUGGUGCCGCCCUGGACACAGGCAUCGUCACUUCACAGCUCCGCCACUUCCUCGUCCAGCCCUACAUUGAUCCUCCCCUCCUCCUCCCAUCGUCUUCGAACCGCAAAUUCCAUAUCCGCACCUACGUCCUCGCCUCGGGCUCACUCAAAGUUUACGUCUUCAAGGAGAUGCUUGCACUCUUCGCUGCUAAGACCUACUGCCCCCCACAUGAAGAAGAAGACGACGUCGCCGACCUCGCGCGCCAUCUAACCAACACCUGUUUCCAGGAAGGCGGUAGCUCGAACAAAGAGAGUGUGCGUCGUUUCUGGGACCUCGACCAUCAUGUCCCCGGUCUUAGUGCAGACUGGAAGGAGAAGAUCUUCGAGCAGAUCUGCUCGGUGACGGGUGAGGUGUUUGAGGCUGCGGCUCGGGGCAUGAUGGUUCAUUUCCAGACUUUACCUAAUGCAUUUGAGUUGUUUGGUGUUGAUUUCCUCGUUGACACUAAUGGUGAGGCGUGGCUGCUGGAGCUCAAUGCAUACCCGGAUUUCGCGCAGACUGGUGAGGAUCUGAAGGAGGCUGUUGUCGGGCGCUUGUUUGAAGAGGUGGUUGAUGUUGCUGUCAAGCCGUUCUUUGGACUUGGUGAUGGCGCUGGUACUGAUGAUAUGAAGCUUGUUGCUGAUCUUGAUCUCGGAAGACAUGCUUAG